AUGUUAACCGUGGCCUGUGCUUUGAUUGGAUCCGCGUGCUGGUUAACAAUAGCAACUUCAAUUGGUCUACCUGUCUCAACAACCCAUUCUAUUGUCGGUGGUACAAUCAGCGCUGGUAUUGCCGCCGGAGGUGCCUCUGGCGUGAUUUGGGGGUGGAAUGGAGUAUCCCAAAUUAUAGCCUCGUGGUUUAUCACUCCAGUUUUGGCUCGCUGUAUCGCUGCUGUCGUCUUCAUAAUCUCAAAGUUGCUUGUUUUGAAAGUCAAAUCACUGGAAAGAUCCAUCAAAAAUGCCUUAUUGUUAGUAGGAUUUCUAGUAUUUGCAACUUUCUCUAUUUUGACAAUGUUAAUUGUCUGGGAGGGCUCGCCAAAUUUGCAUCUGGAUAAUUUAUCUGGCACAGAAACCGCAGUUUCGAUCAUUCUUACGGGUGCUGUCGCUUGUGCCGUUUACCUCAUCUUCUUCUAUCCAUACUACAGAAGAAAAAUUCUGGAUCAAGAUUGGACGUUGAAACUAGUUGAUAUUCUAAGAGGGCCAGUAUUCUAUUUCAAAUCUACAGAUAAUAUUCCUCCUAUGCCAGAGGGCCAUGAAUUGACCAUAGACUAUUAUGAGGGAAGAAGGGUUGAGGAGGAGACUCCACGAACUGAGGAUGAGGAGAACAAGAUCGCAGAUACCGUUUCAUCGAGCAGUACUGAUAAUAUUCUCAGAGAAGCAAAAGAUGCCACCGUGCAAGAAACUAAUCUGGUAAAAAUUGAAUAUUCGGCUGAAGAGAAAAUGACGACACGGCAAUAUUGGUGGUCUCUACUGAAGCAAGGCCCUAAAAAUGGCCUCUGCUAG